GCGGGUCACGUGAGGCCCGGUGGUGGUUGUGGUGGUGGUGGUGGCGGCGCGGCGGCGCGGCGGCGGAGGAGGCGGCGGCGGCGGCGGCGGCCGCGGCGUCUAGAGCGGCGCCCAGUGCAGGAUGUUGCAGGAGACGGCGGCGGUGUCGUUGGCGGCAGCGGGCGGAGGAGCGGUGACGGCUGAGGCGCCCGCGGGCGGGAUAAAAUGGCGGAUUUCGUUGAGUUGAGGGUUUCAUGUAGUAGCACAAGUUGGUCUCAAACUCUCUGUGAGGACAAGGCUGGACUUAAGCUCCUGGUCCUCAUGCUUCUACUUCCUGAGUAUUGGGAUUACAGGCAAGGUCCAUUACUUUUGGCUUCUUUUCUUUCCUUCCCCCUUAGAUAUGGAAUUAAUACUCCAGUAUUACCCACCAUCACAUUCUGACAAAUAUGUUGACAGGCAGUUUCUGUUUUGUGGAAUUACAGGGUGUUUUGGGUUUUUCUUUUCUUUUUGUUAAUGUUUUUCUUUUUAUUUAUGUGUAUGGGUGUUUCACCUGCAUGGAAAUCUGCGUGGAGGCUAGAAGAUGCGUUGAAACCUCUGGAACUGGAGUUACAGGCAGUUGUGAGCCACCAUGUGGGUUCUGACAAUUGAACCUGUGUCUUCUGGAAAAGCAGGCAGUGUUUUUAACCAUUGAACCAUCUCUUCAGACCCCUUUUCUUUUUUUUCUUUUCUUUGUUUUUUUUGAGGCACAAUCUUAUGUAGCUCAAACUGGUCUUGAGCACUGUGUAGCUGAAGAUUGUUCUGAGCUCCUGAUCUUACAGAGCCAAGGCCUUGCUGUAUAGACUAAGAGGCCUCAAACUCACAUAUACUCCUGCCUCCUCAGUGUUGGCAUUAAGUGUGUGCCCCAUACCUGGCUGCCUUGCUUCUCAACUUCUUCAUUCUCCAGUCUCCAUUAGUGAGCAUCUGGGGAAAAGAAGGCAUCAAAAGACAAAACUUUGAACACUCUUACAAAAUUUUGAUCUCUGGCCUUGCUGCUCUUGUGAUAGAAUAUGGUUUCUAGUUUUAGGGUUUCUGAAUUACAAGUGUUACUGGGCUUUGCUGGACGGAAUAAAAGUGGGCGCAAGCAUGACCUCCUGAUGAGGGCGUUGCAUCUAUUGAAGAGUGGCUGCAGCCCUGCGGUUCAGAUUAAAAUUCGAGAAUUAUACAGACGCCGAUACCCACGGACACUUGAAGGACUUUCUGAUCUAUCCACAAUCAAAUCAUCGGUUUUCAGUUUGGAUGGUAGUUCAUCACCAGUAGAACCUGAUUUGGCUGUGGCUGGAAUCCACUCGUUGCCUUCUACUUCAAUCACACCUCAUUCACCGUCAUCUCCUGUUGGUUCUGUGCUGCUUCAAGACACUAAACCCACAUUUGAGAUGCAGCAACCAUCUCCUCCCAUUCCUCCUGUCCAUCCUGACGUGCAGUUAAAGAACUUGCCCUUCUACGACGUCCUUGAUGUUCUCAUCAAGCCCACAAGUUUAGUUCAAAGCAGUAUCCAACGGUUUCAAGAGAAGUUUUUUAUUUUUGCUUUGACACCUCAACAAGUUAGAGAGAUAUGCAUCUCAAGGGAUUUUUUGCCAGGUGGCAGGAGAGAUUACACAGUCCAAGUUCAGCUGCGACUUUGCUUGGCAGAGACCAGUUGCCCUCAAGAAGAUAACUAUCCCAAUAGUUUGUGUAUAAAAGUAAAUGGGAAACUCUUUCCUUUGCCUGGCUAUGCGCCACCACCUAAAAAUGGGAUUGAACAAAAGCGCCCUGGACGACCCUUGAAUAUUACAUCUUUAGUUAGGUUGUCUUCAGCUGUGCCAAAUCAGAUUUCUAUUUCUUGGGCAUCUGAAAUUGGAAAGAAUUACUCCAUGUCUGUGUAUCUUGUACGACAGCUCACAUCAGCCAUGUUACUACAGAGAUUAAAAAUGAAAGGUAUUAGAAAUCCUGAUCAUUCCAGAGCACUAAUUAAAGAAAAACUUACUGCAGAUCCUGAUAGUGAAAUUGCUACAACUAGUCUUCGAGUGUCCUUGAUGUGCCCUUUAGGAAAAAUGAGGUUGACAAUUCCAUGCCGCGCAGUGACUUGUACACAUCUGCAGUGUUUUGAUGCUGCCCUUUAUCUUCAAAUGAAUGAGAAGAAGCCUACCUGGAUUUGUCCUGUCUGUGACAAAAAGGCUGCCUAUGAAAGUCUAAUAUUAGAUGGGCUUUUCAUGGAAAUCCUCAAUGACUGUUCUGAUGUGGAUGAGAUCAAAUUCCAAGAAGAUGGUUCUUGGUGUCCCAUGAGACCUAAGAAAGAAGCUAUGAAAGUAGCCAGCCAGCCCUGUACAAAAAUAGAAAGUUCAAGUGUCUUUAGUAAACCUUGUUCAGUGACUGUAGCCAGUGAUGCAAGCAAGAAGAAGAUAGAUGUUAUUGAUCUAACAAUAGAGAGUUCUUCUGAUGAAGAUGAAGACCCUCCCGCCAAAAGGAAAUGCAUCUUUAUGUCUGAAACACAAAGCAGUCCAACCAAAGGGGUUCUCAUGUAUCAGCCAUCUUCUGUAAGGGUGCCCAGUGUGACUUCUGUCGAUCCUGCUGCUAUUCCACCAUCAUUAACAGACUACUCAGUACCAUUCCACCACACGCCAGUGUCAAGCAUGUCAUCAGAUUUGCCAGAUACAUUACACAUCACCAGUUAUGAUUAUAGAACUUCACUGUGGAAGAGAGGUUUGGAUUUUCUUUCCCUUAUUCCAGUUGAUACCCAGCAGUACUGUCCUCCUAUGUUUUUGGAUAGUCUCACCUCACCCUUAACAGCAAGCAGUACGUCUGUCACCACCACCAGCCCCCAUGAAAGCAGUACUCAUGUUAGUUCAUCCAGCAGCAGAAGUGAGACAGGGCUCAUAACCAGCAGUGGGAGUAACAUUCCUGACGUCAUCUCUUUGGACUAAAGGCGGACACACUUGAUUCUGGGAAUCAUUCAUCAAAACUACUUUUUCUUGGAUGUCUAGUCCAUGGAUGCUAAUUUUUGCAAUUUAAUAUUUAUUGAAAUGUCAAAUGGAUUCUUUGCUUUCUGAGAGAUGAACACAGAUGACUCCAGCAAGAACCAGAUGACAUGCAAGGACUUUUCUUACGCUGUACACUGAACAUCAGAUAUAUUUCAUCUACAGCAUUGUCUUCUGGAACAGUGGAUUUCAGUUUCUCCAUUACUGGAUGGAUUCUACAAACCAGUUAAUCUUUUGUUACAAUAAACAGCAAUAAAAUUAUGUAAAUAGUUAAACUUUUGUAAUUAAAGAUGUAAUCACUGAUCUAGAAUAACAGCAACUUCUGUUUAAUAUGAAGGAAAAUAGGUGGGAAGAAGUCGUGUUUCCUGAAUGAAUACUUUCUGUAGAGAUUUGUUCUAUUUUGUUGAAGUAUUGAAUUUUCAGUAACAGGCCAGAACCUGUGUUCUACUUUUCUUCUUUCAGUUCUGUGUUCUUCAUGAUCCCAUCAAAGAAAAUUUUCUCCUGUCCUUAAGCAUUCACACUGUUUGCUGAUAUAUGCAGAGGAAGGUGCCGGGAUUUGGUCACUCUUUUAGUGAUUAUGUUUAAGAAUGACACAGAUUUUAUUCUGAUAUAAUGUGUUAUUUUUGGUUACCUUAUUCUAGAAUUUUCUAAAAAUUCAAGCCUUUUUUUUUUUUUUUGAAAGAAGCUCUAUAGCCUUUAAAUGAAAUGUGCUUGAGUUACCUGGUAGAAUUUUCUUUAUGAUGUCCAGAGAUAACGUAAUAGUUGGGAAGUACCAGAACAUAUUUAGGAGAGGUGGAAAUAACUAUAUUCUUCCUGAGAAUUUAAUUGAUUUCAUGUAUUUUAUUGACUAGUACAGUAUACUAUCUUGGGUGUAACUUUUUGCCUUUGAAUGGCAUUAAUAAAUUAUAUUUAGGGAUUCUGAUCAUAACCCUUACCAGUGUGAUUUCAAAUUUAGCAAUUAUUUUCAAGUUUAAAGAAAAGUCAGUAGUAAAUGAUGGGUGGUACCAGAUCUCAUUUUCCUAAUUUUUUUAAAAGAAUUUUUUUUUAAUGAAAACAUGCACAGACAUAAAUUAGGGAUAUUUAAAGUGACGUGCCCCAAAGCCCCACUUAAUGCUGCCUUUAAAACACCCCUCUCGUGUGGCUAUGGUGGGUGCACUCAUCACUUGUUUCAUUUGGAUUUCUUAAUACUUUUUAGUUCUCAACAAUUUAGUAUUUUCCUGAUGCCCAGUGGUCUACCUAUGUUGUCUAUAUAUUUUUUAGCUUUUUAUGUUUUUAUUUUUAGUGGCUACUAUUAAUUUCUCAAACAAGUCCAAUAUAAGGACUGUGUUCUGUACAACAGGGACGUGUCACUUAUUUCAGAACUGCGGCAGCUCUAGAGAGCUGGCUUGUCCCUAGUUGGCAUUUUACCUUCUCAAGUUUCCAUGGCCUUUGUGUGAUUUUUGUACAGGUGCCUGUGUAGUUGUCCAUGUUGUCCCUUCUUUGCCUUCAGCACCUCAUACUCGUUGAUCUUUCCUUUUGAUAGGGCUUUCAAGUCAUCAAAGGUAGGGAAAGCAAAGCAAGCCCCUGUGCUCACUGUGCUCACUGUACUGUGUCCCCUGGUUGACUUUACCUUUUUAGCCAGCCCAGAUAGAAGAUUUCUUCCUCUAGGAUUUUAUAUUGUGGCUGUAAGUACAGAGGCGGUUUCUGUUACCUAUGUAAUAAGAAAAAGUAACUUGGCUUCUGUGCUAUAAUUUGUUAAUAAAAGAAGUGAUGCAGAGUUGUCAUUAUUUGUUCACCCAGUUGAGUCUCAAAGACUCGUUACUAGGAAUCAAUGAAGUCUUAUAAGUAAUGAAGAUGGUAAUAGAAAUUAUUUACUUAGAUCUCAUAAUAGAUAUCUCUGCUUUUGUAGUUGUAGUACAUUUGCCACUUUCACGUGAACAGUUUUAGUGUUCAUUUUGUGUUUAAUGAAAUUACCAAAAAUUUUACUUUUUCUCAGGUGACUAGCACCGUUAAAAUAGACUUAUGUUCUUAAUAUUAAAUUUUCAGGUGUCUUUGAAGGUCCAUACUUUCCUUUCUGUACUUCUCUCUGGUUACUUGGUGGUAGCAAAGCCCCUCUUUUCAUAAUGUCACAUUUUAAUGAUGAUCCCGACCUCUUAGCAGAGUCUUGCUAAUGCAGACUUAUUUGUAACCAGAUAGAUUAGAAGAGGUCAUCUUGCUGUUACUUAGAUGUCAGCCACCUGCCUAAGGAAUUGUGAACGUUUACAGUCCCUUGGCCAACCUCCAUUUUCAACUUUUCAUGUUGCUUUAGUAAUCCCAGGCACUGUAGCUACUGCACAGAGCUCUGGUCAUGAGGACUGCUUUUAAACAGCUAGCUCUCUGACUCACAGAUGAGUUAAUUUCAGAUUUUACUUCAUUUUCUGCCUCAUACUUGAUAUGUGCCCUAGGGUGAGUCUAAUGGCCAAAUGAAAUAGGACAGGUGAGUUUAGUUAUAUGGCCUUUUAUUUGUUGUAGAGCGCUGUAAUGAACACGUGAUGCAUAGGUAAGAGGUAGUGAGUGUAAUCCAGUUGAUCAUAACUUCAUGUCAAGCAAGAUUCCAUUCGAGUAGACUAAAUGAAUUUGAAGGGAAAGUGUUGAGUUUUAAACAAAGUGCUGAAUGGAGUUAAACUAAAUCUAUUUUUACUUUAAUAUGCCUUCAGUCAGUCCUGCACACUUACCUUUGUCUUUUGCCAAUAAAGUAUUCAUUAGUUGCA